CGUCGGCUGCCAUCGUUUACAAUUUCAAAUCCGAAAUCCAAAUUCGUGUUCUUCAACACCUCAGGUUAGAAGCAGCGAACAUCUGAGAGCUCGUUAUAGUUUAUGGAACGGGCAAUCUUUUCAAUCCAAAUUUCCAGAUGUACACAAUGUUUGCAAGCAGUUCCAAUUGUCGGAAUGCCAGAUGCAGGAAGUUAUUGAUAAACUCUCGAAUGAAAUUCAAAAGGGACUCUCAAAGCAAAUGCAUAGCCGGUCCACAGUAAAAUGUUGGCCCACCUAUGUACAGGAUCUGCCGACCCAAAAUGAACGAGGAAAGUACUUAGCUCUCGAUUUGGGUGGAACAAACUUUCGAGUGCUCCUGGUCAGCAUUAACGGACCGGACGAUGUAGAUAUUCAGACGCAAGCGUUUCAAAUCGCGCAACCAUUGAUGGCGUGUCCAGCUUCUGCUCUAUUUGAUUUUAUUGCUGAAUGCCUGGACAAUUUCGUGAAAGAGAAACAACUUUCAGAUAAGGAACUGUCGUUGGGAUUUACCUUUUCGUUUCCCAUGAGGCAACUGAGUCUAGCGGAGGCUAAUCUGGUGACUUGGACGAAAGGUUUUAGCUGCGACGAAGUUGUGGGGAAAAAUGUAACGAAGCUGCUGCAAGAGUCCAUUUCACGUCGUGGCACCCUUAAAGUCAAUAUCGUGGCCAUAAUUAAUGAUACCACCGGCGCGCUUAUAUCAUGCGCUUACAACCACAAGAAUUGUCGCAUAGGCCUCAUUGUUGGGACAGGUUGCAACGCCUGCUACGUGGAGAAGACAUGUAAUGUGGAGAUGUUCGAGGACUACCAAACCAGCCAAAAGCCCAACAUGAUCAUUAAUUGCGAGUGGGGUGCAUUUGGAGACAAUGGCGUGCUUGACAAUAUACUCACGUCGUUCGACAGAAUGGUCGACAAGCAGACCCCCAAUCAAGGGAAACAGAUCUUUGAGAAGUGCGUUUCGGGUAUGUAUCUGGGAGAAUUGGUUCGCAUCAUAAUUGUGAAGCUGAUGGAAGAGGGGAAGCUUUUUAACGGCAUAGAAUCGUCCAUUAUGCAUGAGAAUUGGAAGUUUGAAACGAAAUUCAUUUCGGCAGUCGAAUCUGAUCCGCCCGGGAUAUUCGAAAAAUGCAACGAGGUGUUGAAUGAGUGCUGCCUAAAUGAUGCGUCCGAUGAAGAUAAAGCCUGCUUGCGUUAUAUAUGCGAAACGAUUUCGACGCGGUCGGCCAAACUAGUUGCAUGUGGUCUUGUUACGUUAAUAAAUAAAAUGGAAAUUUGUGAUCUAUCGGUGGGCAUAGACGGCAGUCUUUACCGCCGUCAUCCAAAAUAUCACGACUUGCUGAUGGAUAAUGUGAAGAAAUAUGUUGGAACAGAUGUCUGCGUGCAGUUUUUCACAUCUGAUGAUGGCUCUGGGCGUGGGGCAGCUUUAGUUGCGGCUUUAUACAAAGAUAAUAAAUCAAAAAAGUGCAAAUAAACGUAGCUGCUAGAAAUUGAAAAAACAAAA